AUGUUAAAUUCAGGUGGAUGUUGGAAGAACAGACCUGCUCCAGAGCAAGAUGUCUCUGAAAUUGAUUCUUCAUGCAUAGUAGCAGAAAGAUUUCAAGAGAAUGAACAUCAGGAUUCUGCAUUUGUAGAAAAAUAUGCAUGGGAGGGCAUUAAGGAAUAUCCUUUGAGACAGUUUCCUGGACCAUGCCUUUUCCAAGAAGGAGGUUUUGGGGGAAUAACCUUCAUUCACAAAGAAGCAACUCCUGAGAUGAUUAGUCAAGAAUAUAACUUUGAAAAAAGCUUUCUUUUGACUUCAAGCCUUGUGACACAUCUCAGAGUCACCGAAGAGAGCCUACAUCAGUGGGAGACAACUAGCAUACACACCAAUGAGAUUUCAGACUGAAGUAUAUGCCCAGCCCUGUCCACCCUGGAAAAAUCUUGGACGUGUGAUGAAUGUAGAAAGUCCUUUAGUCAGAGCUCAUCCCUUACCCAGCACAUGAGAACUCACCCUGGAGAGAAACCCUUCACAUGUGCAGAAUGUGGGAAAGCCUUUAGGUGUGACUCAUUCCUUGUUCAACAUCAACAGAUUCACAUUGGAGUGAAACCGUAUAGAUGUGAACAUUGUGGGAGAAUAUUUCGAUGUCGAUCAUUUCUUACUCAGCAUCAGCAAAUUCAUAGUAGAGAGAAAUCUUCUAAAUAUAGUGAAUGUGGGGAUUACUUCUGCAAUCGUUCACAACUCACUGAAUAUCAGAGGAUUCAUACUGGGGAGAAACCUUAUAAAUGCAAAUGUGAAAAGGCAUUUAAUCAGAACACACGCCUCAUUCAUCAUCAGAGAAUUCACACUGGUGAUAAACCUUAUUUAUGCAAUGAAUGUGGCUCUUCUUCCCAUCAGCACUCAAAUCUUACCCAACAUCAGAUUAUUCACACUGGAGAAAAGCCUCAUAAAUGUAAUGAAUGUGGGAAAACCUUCCAAUCAAAGGCAAAUUUCUCUCAACAUCAGAGAACUCAUACUGGAGAGAAGCCCUAUAAAUGGAAAGAAUGUGGAAAAGCCUUUUGUCAAAGCCCAUCCCUUAUUAAACACCAGCGAAUUCAUACUGGUGAAAAACCUUAUAAAUGUAAAGAAUGUGGCAAAGCCUUUACUCAGAGCACUCCACUCAUUAAGCAUCAGAGAAUUCAUACUGGGGAGAGACCCUACAAAUGCAGUGAAUGUGGUAAGGCCUUCAUUCAGAGCAUCUGUGUUACUCGGCAUCAGAGAAGUCACACUGGAGAAAAAACCUAUAAAUGUGGGAAGGGCUUUAAUCAGAAUACCUGCCUCACUCACCAUAUGAGAAUUCACACUGGAGAGAAACCCUAUAAAUGUAAGGAAUGUGGGAAAGCCUUUGCUCAUAGCUCAUCUCACAGAACACAUACUGGUGAGAAGUCCUAUAAAUGUAGUGAAUGUGAGAAAACCUUCCGCCAGUACGCACAUCUUAGUGAACAUUACAGAAUUCACACUGGUAAGAAGCCUUAUGAAUGCAUUGAAUGUGGAAAAUUCUUCAGACAUAGUUCAGUCCUUUUCAGACAUCAAACACUCCACAGUGGUGAAUAA